AUGCAAAGGCGGAGAUGGGAAUGGCUUGAAGAAUGUUUGUCUAUUGCAAAGGCCUCGGGCGCAACUAACGUCGAGGGAGCUUUACAGAACGCAUUGCUGGGUGUUUCUUUCAUCAACAAAGAAGUUCCUCAGGGUUUGGCAGUGGUCAGGACAGAGUUUGCUACUCAAAUGCAGCUUUACAAAGCUAUGGCCCACGAAAGCAACCAUAGUAGGUGGUUAUCCGCCGUGAUGACAAGCAUGGGCCUUGAAUCGAGCCAUCUCCUCGAGAGCAUGAUACUAGAAAAGCUGCACCGGCGGUUUGGCAGUACGGAGAGCGGAAGGCUAGGCUGGCUGACGCCGGUGGCUGAGGAGGGAGACUUCAUCUGUAUCUUCGACGGAAUGGAGCUUCCGUACACCAUCCGGCCAUCUUCGGAAGGCCGAUACCUCCUUGUUGGUGAAUGCAUCAUCCUGGGAUUCAUGACGGGGGAUGCGAUAGGGUUGUCUGGUGCCGCUUCGGAGAUGAUACUUCUCGAAUAA